UGUCCGCGGCGGUCGCGAGCGAACGCUGGAAGUCUGGUGAAGGUGGUAAAAGCGCAAUUCGCCGGGACUCAUCAAUCAUUUAAGUGUGUACGCCGGUGGCCGUGCUCCGGCACGAGCUGCGACCGAGUAGUAAGUCGUAAAUCGAGUUUACGCCCGAACCUUCACCUGUUAUCGUCCGCGUCACGCGAUUAUUGGCCGGUAUGUGUGUGUGUGUGUGCAUUCGGCGAUAAAAAUGAUGAGGUCCGGAGGUGGCUUAAUGUCCGGCCUUUCUCCCCGACCUAUUAUGCCUGCCGGCUUUACGAUAACUGGUUCCCUCGGCCCGAUAAAACGCAAAAAAGGACAAAUACGUUAGACAAGACGCUUAAUGGAACACCCUCUGCGGAAAAUCGUAAAAAGGAACGAUAUUGAUUCCACUCCUCCGCGAGGAGGCGAUAUUGGACACGUAGGUGGUAGCUACUUUGAAACCGUGGCGCUGAUCGCUGGCCCAAGGUGUCUGGGACACGGUUAUAAAACGAUCCAACGGCUGAAUUAAAGCCGCCGAGACUGUGGAAUAAGAAAAAUCGAAGCUCGGGAUCCGACGAAACGAUUCAAUCGGCGGAUUCUUUCUUUCGGUGUGAUCGGGUCGGCUGAGAUCGUCGGUUUUCAGGAGCUCGGGGCACCGAGAUGAAUGGACGGAGACGUUCUCCUAUCAGCUGCUAAUCGGGACGGGAGUCACGUUGAUGGUUUUAUUACUGCUGGCAGCUGUGAGCUUCCAAUGUUCUUCCACCUGGCGUUGGGUGAUGUGGAUGAGGUGGUACAUGAAGGAGGACGACAGCGAGAACGACCUGUCGCAGCAGAACGCCAUACGUAUCAGUCACUCUCUGCCGGAUCUCCAGUCCGAGCCGAUCACUCACGAGUACGUCCAGGAGCAGAAGGACAACAAGAAGGUGUUGCGCCAGACUACUUUGCCCAUUGUCCCGAUGAGGCAUCAGAGCUUCCAGAGGCAGCUCUCCCACCGGCUCGACCUGCCGAACAUCAAAUUCAGCAUCUGCAACCUGGAGAAUCGCAGCGACUCCAGUCUUGGAUUGAUCAAGCCGGAACUUUACAAGAAAGAGCUGCAGCGGCAGGAGAGCGCGGAGAGUUCCAGCACCACGGAGAUGGAGUACGCGGGCAAGCUGCAUUUCGCACUGCGCUACGACAAAGAGAUCGAGGGAUUGGUCGUUAAGGUUCUAGAUGCUCGGGAGCUGCCAGUGAAAGAUGUGACAGGCAGCAGCGAUCCUUACGUAAAAAUAUACCUGUUGCCAGACAGGAAGAAGAAGUAUCAGACCAAAGUGCACCGGAAGAAUCUGAACCCGGUGUUCAACGAGACGUUCAUUUUCAGCGUGUCGUACGAUGAACUGAGGGAACGAUACCUCCAAUUCUCGGUGUACGAUUUCGAUCGAUUCUCCCGGCACGAUCUUAUCGGGCAAGUGGUGUUCAAGGGGUUGUUGGAAUGCACCGAUCUCUCCCAAGAAAUCGAGUACAUGAUGGACAUCAUGUGCGCCAUGCAGGACAAAGUGGAUCUGGGAGAGUUAAUGCUAUCGCUUUGCUACCUACCAACAGCCGGCCGGCUAACGGUGACCGUGAUCAAGGCUAGGAACCUGAAAGCCAUGGACAUAACAGGAUUCUCCGAUCCUUACGUGAAAGUGUACCUGCUCUGUCAAGGCAAGAGGAUAAAAAAGAAGAAGACAUCGGUGAAGAAGAACACGUUGUUCCCUAUGUACAACGAGGCUCUUGUGUUCGAUGUGCCCGAGGAGAACAUUGGGGAUGUCAGUCUUAUAGUAAAAGUAAUCGAUUAUGACAGAAUCGGCUCGAACGAGCUGAUGGGUUGCACAGCGAUUGGAUCCAGUUUCAUUGGCAUUGGACGUGACCAUUGGUUGGAGAUGCUGGACAACCCGAGGCAACCUGUAGCCCAAUGGUACCCGCUGAUGGAGACGAUUGCUGGCCACAUCCCUUCUGUGAGCUCGGAGCCACUUCCGAUGAGUUUGAGCUGCUUAAAUAAGAGAUGAAGACACCGCGUGCAGAAAAAGGUUCGCGGUAAGUCGCAGAUUUCGUCGGACGUCGACUUGGGCGUUGUUUCCUUCUGUCGUCAUUUAAUGCACACCGCUUGACUGAUUUAAGUACAAUUUCUAUCUGAAAGGGCUCCGGAGAAACAUGUAACAAAACCAUACGACAAACAAACUCUGUGCUUUGGAAUAUAAUCACGUGGCGAGCGUGGAAUAGUAAACGACUACAUAGAUCGUAGAUGAGUGUCUGUGAAGCGACAGUAUGAAAGAGGCGAGGAACGAUGACAGUCGAGGUUGCUCAAAACUAUAUCGUGGUUGAAUGUUACCGAGAACUCGGGGAGUAUAAUAGUAAAGAAACUAGUGAGAGAAUGAAAGCGAGAGAAAGAGAGAGAGAGAAAGAGAAAGAAAGAGAGAAAGAGAGAGAGACUAAUAAAGAUAGAAUAGGUUUAUUUUUUGAAAACGAAUCCAGGCUGGCCCUGCAUUCACCCAUACGCGGAAAGAUGAAUAGUCUGCCGACUGUACCCAUAUUUUAUCAACUCGCGCGAAAGGCAGAGAGAAAGAGGAACGUACGAACUCAAUAGACGAUUGCGAGCGAAUCGAUUUUUACGCGGCCCAACAGGCAACAGGAAACUCUUC